GAUGGGCGGCAGAGGCUGGCGUGUGUGCUUCGCGCGUUGUUGAUUAUGCAGCUGAUUCUAUCGCUCGUGAUGGUGAUAUUCUGUUAUAAUGUAUCAGUUCGUGUUAUGUCCUUGUUGAAGCAUAUACAUAAGCUAACAGUGUACCUCCUCUACGGUUUAAUCCUGCUCCAAGCGUACAGCAUGAAGCUGCACUACACCAGUGGCCUCCGGCUUCUCUCGUGGCUGCUGAGGCGCCCACACUGGCAUCGAUCGUGCGUGGUCACGCGCCGCUGGAUGGUAAGCGGGUGCCUCAUGGCAGCUAACGGGGUACUGGUGUAUGCGGCGUGUAGGAGCACUUUGAAGGCACUUAUCAAAGAACUUUCCACAUCACUCCGGGUUGGUAUUUCCCAGUAUCUCACCGAGCCAUCGUGGAAAACAUUACUGGACACAAUGCAGGUGGAAUUGAACUGUUGUGGCGCUGAUCAGCCGAGCGAUUGGAAUGAAAUACCAUGGUUAAAUAUUGAUUUCCUCAAUGAAGAUUCGGAUCUUGUUAUGAAGUUAGCCGGCACGGAUGGGAAGGUGCUGCCGCCGGUGACUCCGUAUUCCUGCUGCUCGCCCACACUACUGGCUCCGUGCUAUCACGACCCUUUACAGCAGUGGGAGUGGCGCUGGGCGUGGCAGUCCCACUCCCCGCUGUGGGGCGCGUCGCAGCACGCGCGCGGCUGCGUGGCGGCCGUGCGCGCGCCGCUCGCACGUGCCGCGCGAGCGCUGCAGGCGUGCACCUGCCUCGCCGUGCUCUUGCAGUUGGUGAUAAUCAUCGUGAGUCAGCUGAUGCGCACGAGUGCACGCGCAGCCGCUCUGCGCGGCGACGCGGCGGGCGCGGGGCGGGCGUCCUUUCUCUUCCCCUCACCUCCUUCAGAACAUUUGAUAAGAACAGGUGUAUAUAUGGAGGAUAUGUAA